AUGAGUACUCCAUCUGACGCUGACUUGAAUUCUCUCUACAUUCAGCUGCUUAAGGAUUCCAAAUCGACAUCUUAUGUUGGAGCUUUGACUGUUGCAAUUGUCGACCAGAUUAUGACCCUCCCACAAGAAAUAGAUCUUGUGUGGAAGGAGAAGUGGAGUUUGUCAAAAGCUCUAUAUCUCUGGAGUCGAUAUUUUAACUUGGCAAACAUAUCCUUUUAUAUGUAUUUCAAUGUGCACAAGAUAUCCUCAGAUCAUUUGUGGGUGAUUCAACACACUUUAAACAAUCUUAUCUCAACCCUCUUGUCUCUAAAUAGCUGCCAAAUUGUUAUCCUGGUUGAAAGCUUAGGUACCAACUUAAUCAUGCUAACUGCAGAUGUUGUUUUAGCUCUGCGAGUCUGGGUUCUUUAUCAUAAGUCGAGAAAGAUGCUGGCCUUCCUGAUUUUGUUACUUCUUGGAGAGAUGAUAUCAAUGUAUGUGGCUCAAGAAACGCUUAUCUAA